AUGCUGGCUGGUGUUUUUAUACUUGCUCAAGACAUCAGGCCGCAACUGAGGUUUAUAUGGCAUUGUUUUAUUUGCCCGAUCGGCACUGCGGACCAAAGAACAAGGCUGGACAAGUUCUAUGAGGGCCAAGCGGAUGUCUACGAUGCCACCAGAAGUGGUCUGUUACGCGGCCGGAAUACGAUGCUCACUCUUGCAGCUGGUCAUAUCCGUACCAUGCGUAAGGAUAUCUCAAAACAGCGUCUCAUUUGGGUAGAUAUAGGAGGUGGAACUGGGCAUAAUAUUGAGCUCAUGGACAAACAUAUCCCAAUCAAGUCAUUCGAUGCCAUAUAUCUCGUCGAUCUUUGCGAACCAUUGCUCCAAGUGGCCCGUCAGCGGUUCUCCAAGAGAGGAUGGACCAAUAUCACGGUUCUAUGCCAAGAUGCCACGGAAUUCUCUUUACCAGAAUGGUCGGAUAGUAAUCCAAAAGGAAGUGUGGGCUUUGUGACACUCAGUUAUUCGUUGUCCAUGAUGCCCAACUUCUAUACGUUGUUAGAUCGCAUAGAUUAUGUUUUAUCCCCUGAAAACGGUUUACUUGGCGUCGUCGACUUUUAUACCUCUGGUAGACAGCCAUCAUUACACGAGAAGGCAAUUGGUGGAACAAGCAAAGAAUGUGGAUGGAUUAGUCGAUGGUUUUGGCAAAUUUGGUUCGACUUUGACCAUGUUUCUCUAUCUCCACAUCGCCGUGAUUAUCUGGAAUAUAAAUUUGGGACGAUCAAAUCAUACAACGGGCGGAAUCGCUUCGUGCUACCGUUUAUCGUUAGAAUUCCUUAUUAUAUCUGGCUUGGAAGAUCUCGCUCUUGUGACGUCUCACCAUUUUGCCAUGCCUUUGAGGUAGAAGGUGGCAAUAUGAUUGGGAACUGCUCUCCUACUCCCAAUGCAGUAGUCAAAGAAAGCGAAAUGGUACCUCCAUUGGAAAUUGGCGACCCAAUGUUACCUGUCCCUGUCGAGCCCUCUAAUGCUGCUGCCACUGUUAUCGACAUUACACCACCAUUAAGUUCUUUCCAUUAUCAAGUAGGCAAACCUUGGAGGUUGCCUUACUAUGAGCAACCGGUACACAAGGAUUUCAGAACGUUCAUAUAUUCCUUCACUUGGGAAGAUCCAGUAGUAGACUUGAAACACCUCGAUCUGAGCACAGACGACUCCAUGCUUGUCAUCACAUCUGCGGGGGAUAAUGCCUUGCACUAUGCCAUAGCAGCUCAGCCCAAGCGAAUCCACUGUGUGGAUAUGAACCCCUGCCAAGGUCACCUUUUAGAGUUGAAACUCGCUUCUAUUCAGAGUCUAGAGUAUAAGGACUUCUUCGACAUGUUUGGAAGUGGCUGCCAUCCCCAAUUCCGUGGGCUUCUCGACUCCAAGAUUUCUCCAUUUCUAUCAUCUGCCGCGUACCAAUUUUGGCACAUCAAUGACAACGCGUUUUCUUCUGCGUUCUACCUCAAUGGAUACAGCGGCUGGGCCCUUCGUCUCGCACAGUAUAUCUUCUCAUUUGUCGGGGUUUCUCAGGACGUAGAGGCCCUCUGCAGUGCCGAGAGCAUACCAGAGCAAGAAAAGAUAUGGAAGGAGAAGCUGCGUCCUGUGUUGUUAAAUCCGAUCGUGGUUGCGCUCCUCAAAAAUCCCAUAUUCUGCUGGAACGCUUUAGGCGUUCCCCUCAAUCAACGCCGAAUGCUUCUAGAAGAGGGCACCAUAUACGAGUUUGUCAGGGAUACUUUCGACCCUCUGCCGUCCACUUAUUCGUUCAAGGAUGGUGCUUAUUUUUACCUACUCGCUUUAUUAGGACACUACACCAGAUCGUCUUGCCCUGAAUAUCUUACUCAGUCCGGAUUCGAUGCACUGAAGUCAGACAAUGGGAAGGCAAUGGAAGCAUUCCGGUUGCACACCGAUUCGAUUGUCAAUGUGCUACGGGGUUUGACUACAUGGUCCCUCACCCGUGCGGUGAUUAUGGACCACCUCGACUGGUUUACCCCUGGAUCAAAAGACGUCGAUGAUGAGAUUGAUGAGUUCUACCGAGUUCUUGCUCCAGGAGGGUUUGUGCUAUGGCGUUCUGCGGCAAGGAAACCAUGGUAUAAUGAAGUUUUCGAGAAAAAAGGGUUCAAACUAACUGCAUUAGGGGUAAGAUCGGGUCCGGAAGUCCCUCUUGACAGAGUCAAUAUGUAUGCCUCUUUCUGGAAAGCAGUGAAGACCUAA